AUGGUAACUUCAGUUGUAAGCGAAGCUGUCGACAUCAUCGUGGAAAAAAAAACAACACGACCCGCGCCCCCAACUAAUGUCGUUGAGCCAUUAGUUGCAACGACUCAUACGGAAAUAAUACAAACAGGCACACAUAUAAUUCUUGCAAAAGUCCUAAAAAUAAGUCAACUCGAUCCUUCUUUUAUAAUAGAAAAGCAACCUCCAUCGAAUCCCGAAGAAAAGAAGUCUGUCAGCUUUAUCCCUGGUACAACGAAACCAAUUAACACAGGUGCAGGAAGCGUUGACGGUGUACGGCAAUCAUCAGAAAACGUCAGAGAGUCACAAAAUGAUAAUUCUGAACAAGAUUCCAAAGGAUCACACG